ACUGUCUCUCUCAGCAGUAAAAGUCUGAAUUCCUACUGUGUUUUGUUUGAACAGAUCUGGAGGCCAAUAACAGCAACAUUCUAUUUCCCUGUUGGCCCAGGAACAGGUUUUCUUUACCUGGUGAACUUAUAUUUUUUGUAUCAGUAUUCAACGCGACUAGAAACAGGUGCUUUUGAUGGAAGGCCAGCCGACUAUGUGUUCAUGCUUCUCUUUAACUGGCUCUGCAUAGUUAUCACUGGCUUAGCAAUGAAUAUGCAGUUGCUGAUGAUUCCCCUCAUCAUGUCAGUGCUCUAUGUUUGGGCCCAGCUGAACAGAGAUAUGAUUGUGUCAUUUUGGUUUGGGACACGGUUUAAGGCAUGCUAUCUACCAUGGGUUAUCCUGGGAUUCAACUAUAUCAUUGGAGGCUCUAUCAUCAAUGAGCUGAUUGGCAAUCUGGUUGGUCAUCUGUACUUUUUCUUAAUGUUUAAAUAUCCAAUGGACUUGGGAGGAAGAAAUUUUCUUUCGACACCUCAGAUUCUGUAUCACUGGCUUCCCAAUAGGAGAGGAGGGGUGUCUGGAUUUGGUGUGCCGCCGGCCAGCAUGCGCAGACCUGCAGACAACCGGCAGGGCGAUGGAAGACACAACUGGGGCCAGGGCUUUCGGCUGGGUGAUCAAUGAGGAGGACUCUCUGCUUCUUUCUUCUUUUGUGUGUGUGUAUGCGUGAGGAACCUCUUUGACCGUUCGUGGGAAUGAUUGCUGCUGCGGAGCGUACUCAAGGGCCAGGUCUGCUCUGGUGCUCUUGGCUGUGGCUCAUUAAGAAUUUUUGUUAGCUCCUGGUGGAAGGGGACGCUUGGAAGGCACCAGAGAUUUUUACACCCGGCUCUUGAAAAGUGCUCAACUCAGUGCUGCCAUUAAAAAAAGAAACACAUUUUGAUCGUUGUCUAGCACAGUGUGCUUUCUCUUUCCAGUCUCUCCUCAGGUGAAAAAAUGCUGUUCCAUCUGACUUGUAAGCCUCAAUUCAUGUAUGGGGCCUAUUGAGUCCUCUUAAUCUACUUUUCUCGUCCAAGACUGCCCUCCUUAACAGUGUAAUUAAUAAAAGCGUUGCUUUAAAGUUCA